AAGUAAUUAUAUUUACAUUCUGAAAUGGCUAUUUUCAAAGAUAUUUUGGCGCGUUUUCCUCGUGGUGGUCUUUCGUAUGUAUUUGCUUAUGGCAGCGGUGUGAAGCAACAAAUUGGCUAUGAAGAAGUUGCUAAACAAAAGAACAACAUUAUUGACUUAAUAUUUUGUGUGCGUGAUCCACUAGGUUGGCAUGCUGAAAAUCUAGAUCGUCAGGAAAGCCACUACUCUCUAUUACGCCUACUGGGCCCGCGUUUCAUCAUGAAUUACCAAGAGCAUUUAGGUGCACGUGUAUACUUCAAUACAUUAGUGCCGCUGCACGAUAUUCAUGUAACAAUUAAAUAUGGCGUCAUAUCGCGAGAACACUUGUUGGAUGAUUUACAGAAUUGGCGGUACUUGUAUCUUGCGGGCCGGCUACAAAAACCUGUAUUCGAGUUGGUAGCAACAAAUGGCGAUGACGAAUUAAAAGAGGCUUUAGCGUGCAACUUACUCAGCGCAUUUCAAGUAGCCUUACUUUUACUACCAGAACGGUUCACAGCCUAUCAACUAUUCCAUACAAUAUCGAGCCUCAGUUAUAAAGGAGAUUUCCGAAUGAUAUUCGGCGAGAAUAAGCACAAAGUUCGCAAUAUAGUGUUGGCACAAGAGAAAGAUUUCUUGAAUCUCUAUUCUCCAGUAUUGCAAAAAUUGACCGAUUACGUGGGGGCCGAUUUUAAUGCCAAGGAAGUGGGAACGGGCAACACAAUUACUCAGUUUGAGCAGGACAAGUCGUCGAAAGCUAAAAUACAUCAUCUACGCAACGUACCAAAUGAAUUGCAAAAACGGAUUGUACGAAAUUCAGCAUUUAAGGGUGAUUAUAUGAAUAUAGUACCACACUUGGCAGAUUCACACAAUCUUCUCGAACUUGUGCAAACUUCAGUAAAUGACAUAGUGUGGCGCAGCAGUAUUGCUCAGUCGAUAAAAAAUAUAGCCAGUGCAGGAUUUUUCAAAUCUUUGCUUUACAGCUAUCGUAAGGCGCUUAAAACUUUUUCCUAAUUGGGGAAAAC